ACACAUCUCAAACUGAAUUCGCUCAUGUAUCGCGUGUGUGCUAUAUUACCUUUUAGGUUAAUUUAUUCUAAUAGCUAGCUAGCUUUGAAGCCACUUGCCAAAUGCUGGACCACACGGUAUUGUGUGAGCGUCUGAUUGAACUUAGCUAGACGGCUAACCAGGACGAGCUGCUGAUGAGCCCGUGUGUGCGUAGCGGAAUGAAGAUCAGAAGAAACCUCCACCAUACAGGCGCUAAUGGCUCUGAUUAACUGUUAAAUCCCCGUCUAGUUAUUGAUUUAUCUGAUUAUCAAAUACAGUCACAUAGCAGAUUUUUUUUUUUUUUGGGCCCCGGUAUCAUUCAUAAAACUAUCCUGAAGGCGGAGAAUGGGCCCCGUGUCUUAAUGUGGACAACAAAGAAUUAGGCUACUGAAGAGGUUAAGCUGGUUAGAUAAGCUUGUUUUAGCGUUUUUAGUUCGAGCUAACAAGCUGGUUGGCGGAUUAGUCGCACAGUCUGGACAGUGCAGCUCCUCGCACUCCCUCUGCCAAUCACUUGGUGUAUUUUUUUUAUUAUUUUUUUUUCCUUCUCUUUGCACGUUUUUUUUUUUUUUUUUUUGUUCUAUCUGCGCCGCAACCGCAAUGGGCAGUGACAGCGGGGAAGCCGCGCCGGUGGAAGUGGAGCCCAUGCCGGGAUACUUGGACCUCAUCACCAGAGCAUCCACCGUUAUGUAUGGCGCAUGGAGAGACUGUAGCACAUGCGGGCUAGAGCUCUCUAAACGGACUCUCCUGGAUAACGCUUACAUUACACUGACCGAAAUCGCCCUGUUCUUCUUUUGCGCCUUUUUGUGGACGCAGGUCAGACGGGGACUGACAGAAAGUCUGUUUAAGCCUCUAGCACAGUGGUGGAAGCUGCUGCCCAAAGAUGCUGCCAAGAUGCCCGAGAGCGCAUGGAAGCUGGUCUUCUACACCAUGUCGUGGUCAUAUAGCACCUACCUGCUCUUCUUUACCUCCUACUCCUUUUUCCACGACCCACCCUCUGUUUUCUACAACUGGAAGAGUGGUAUGUCAGUGCCUACAGACAUUGCCAUAGCCUACCUGAUCCAAGGCAGCUUCUACGGCCACUCCAUCUACGCAACAGUGUACAUGGACGCGUGGAGGAAGGACUCCGCUGUCAUGGUGGUGCACCACAUCAUCACACUGGCACUCAUCAGUUUCUCCUACGCCUUCAGAUACCACAACGUUGGGAUUCUGGUGUUGUUCCUCCACGAUAUCAAUGACAUCCAGCUGGAGUUCACCAAGCUAAACGUCUACUUAAAGUCCAGGCAGGGAGGAUAUUACCUGCUCAACGACGUGCUGUCCAACAUGGGCUCUGUCAGCUUCAGCAUCACUUGGUUUUGGUUCCGUCUCUACUGGUUCCCUCUCAAAGUGCUGUACGCCACAUGUGUGUCCAGCCUCCAGUCUGUCCCCAGCAUACCCUUCUACUUCUUCUUCAACGCUCUUCUUCUGGCACUGCUACUCAUGAACAUCUACUGGUUCUUGUUUAUCGUGGUCUUUGUGGUGAAGGUGUUAAAGAUGAAAGAGGUGAACGACGUCAGGGAGUACGAGGAUGAGGACGGCAGCAGGGCGGCAGCGGGACUGCUCAGAGCGCAGAAGGCAGAAUCCAAUGAUGAUGAUGCUGGACAUCACAUCUCUGCCCAGGGGAAGCACGUGCAGAAUGGGAUCACCAAGGAGAAGCAUCUAUAACAGGCUCUUUGUCUCCACCACCUGGCACGGGGAUGCAAGUACAAAGCAAGACAAGACGCCCUCCUCGACUGCUUGUGCCUCAAGGGUGGCUGAAGGGAAGAGUGUCACAAGUAGACAAGAAUGGAGAAAAAACAAGUUAGGCUGCGAUACAUAUUUACUCUUUUAUUUGUUUUAGGACAUUUCAUUUCAUCACUGAUAUUUUAUUUUUAACAUUUUUUUAAUUAGAGCACUGUGAAUGUUUUUUUCAGGUGACUUUUUGUCUUACUGUCUCUAACUUUACAUUUGAUAGACUCAGUAGAAACAAACCCGUUUGAGUGAGAGUUGGACUGUGAUUGUCAGGUACAGUAGUUAAUUGGUGGAGUAAUCGUCACUGUCACCCUGAACAGCAGCACUCUGCAGCACCCGGAUAAGAAAAAAGGUUCAGGCGUGUAGUGGUUCUGUAGACUGUUAGACCGACUGUAACCUUUAGUUACCUGGUGAAGAAGCAAUAUGUUGAUUUUGAAGGGUGUGUUCGCCGUCAGUGAAAUGUUUUUUUUUUUUUUUUUUUUUUUACUCCUUUAUCUGCGUUAAAAACUCCGUCCAUCCCCUCUGACUCCAGACACGAAGAGAAAAAAAACAAAACAUUAGUCACACGGGAUACAAAGCUUUGUUCUUAGUUUUCCCUCUCAUGGCGACAGCGAUGCAGGAGAGCCUGCCUGGUGUUGUCUGAUGCUGUUUCACCACAUGUAUUGAUUUCCAUAUCAUUGCACAAGUCAGUGGUGGCGCCCACACAGCUCUGCCCUCGCUGCGUCCAUUAGUGGUGUGUGUAGGUACAUGUGCGUGCGAGUGCGCGUGCGCGUGCGCGGAGAGAAUGGCUGUAGCUGAAGCUUUUAAACUCCUUAGUUUCACAACAUUUCACCUCUCACUUUGAAUUCUUUUUAUCUUUUUACCUGUUCUUCUGACGAUCAACUGACAUCAGACAUUUUGACUUGUAUAGACAAAUCUUUUUUUUUUCUGUGUUUAGUCUUUCCUCUGUGUCGCAAACAUCUGUUGCUGCACUGACAUGAAGGCAUACAAGCUGAUUGCUGGUUUAAUGACAGCAUAUAGCUAGAAUUGAUUGACUGGGUUUCAGCGUCAUCAUCAUGAUUUGAUUUGUUAAAACAAUAAGGAUCUAAAUGACAUUCUUAACCAGGUCGUGGGUGGUGGUGGCUAUCUGGUUCACAGGAAAUUGGAACAAUAGCCCAGAACUUGUGUAAAGAUGAAAAAUCCGUAUGAUAAAAACAUUAUGUAUGCACACAUUAUGGUAUUCAGGAAUGCAUGAUAUCGAAUGAUUUUGGAAAUAUGCUAUGAAAUUGUCUUACAAACAUUGAAGAAAAAAAUCCUCUCGCUAUGUAAUCAUAAUGUCUUUAUUUACGUCUAAAACAGAAAAGUGAUCUUUUCUGUUUAGCAGCAGCGGUGGCCACUGAACACAUAAUGUUUGUUUUUUUUCUCUGCCAAACGCAUACAAACCAGUGUGUGCUCAACCCUUAUAUGGCUUUUUUUUUGGCUGUAUUUAAGAUCUAUCUCAAGAAACACUUUAAGACGUGAAGGAAUUACAUGUGGGUCUAUUUUUAGUCUCACAAAGCUUCUAUUAUUUGAACACAAUCAAUCAAUCGAUCACUACCGUGAAAAGGGAUCUGUUUAAUUCAAGUGGUUUCACUGGUUUCCUGUGUGUUUGUGUGUCAGUGGAAACAGCUGCUGCCGCUGUAGAAAAUAAGGGACGUUUCUAUUCUUCCCACCUUCUCGAUCAAAUUCAAGCUCUUGUUUCGAUGAACAGCAUGCUUGUGCUGCUGGAGCAGGCCGCAGAUGUCAUCAGUCCGUAGAAAAAGCAUUUUGUUUUAGUUGUGUCUUCCACUAUCCCCUCGUCUGCACUUGGGGGGGGGGAGUACAAACAUUUUUUUAAAUUUUACAUUAACCUAUCACUUUUAUUGAUGUAGUUCAGGUUAUUAUUGUUGAUUUGUUUCUUGUUUUUUGGAAUUGCUGCUGUUUUUGUUUUUUGUUUUCCUCUGAGAGCACUGUUGGUUUCCCAGUUGUGUUGUUUUUUUUUCUGCUGUGUGUGAUGAGUCGGUGACUGUCUGCUCAGAACAGAUGUUUCCAGGGACCAGGGAGAGUUGUGGUGUUCAUUACAAUCUGGAUUUAGUCUCCGAUCUCUUCCUUUGAAUUUAAGUGCUGGCUCAUUUGAUAAGACUCCUUUUUACUGUAGUCCUUGACAUCUGUACUGUAAUAACAUGCUUUAUCAGACGUGUUACCGUGUGUAAUAUAUCAGAGCCCCAUGGCUUACAGGUUUUACUAGCAUGGUGUUAUAGCAGGACAUGUUCUGCAAACUCAACUGUGAGAAAGCAUCCAUAGUUUGCUUUUAUUUGUUGAUGACAGGUGACAGGGGAGUGAAGUGUGCAGUAAACCCUCAAAGACCUGUGAUCUGAAUUAGAUGGGACUUCUCCCUGAAGUCUGGUAAGGUACUGUGUGCAAAACAUGCACCUUUCAAUCCCUCCCACUUUGUCAUACUACAAUCUGUCCUGUGGUGUGAUGUGCGGAAGAGCCACUUUUACAGCCAGCGGCCAUUUGACAAAGAAAUAUCAAACAAUAACACAUUUCUGAACUUUUUAAACCAGUGUCUAUUGUUAUUUUGGGAAAUGUGGUCAAUCAAAAAGCCUUUUAUGGCAACGUUUAAAUCUUUAAUUUGCUACGUGAUUACUUUGUCUUCAUUUACUUUCAUGAACUACCUGCUGCUACAAGCAGGUGUUCACAGGAUACUGCUUAAUUCUAUAAAUUAAAAAAAAUGUGUAUUUAUAUUAAAUUAAUCGAUUAAAGAAUAUUUUGCUUUUGGAUCAAUUUGGCUGAUUCCUAUUUAUACCACAUUGGCCCACAGUCUUUGUCAUCUUUGAAUAAAGUUUUAGAUAAAUGUGCGGCUCAUGAGGCUUAGUUCAGUCAGACAACUCACCUGGCAUAGAAGUUGCUGAUAUUUGAUAUCCAGGCUCUAACCUCGUCAUUUGCAUAGGACGAAGUGAGCACACAGGAGAUCAGAGAGUGAUGAGAAGAUGACCAGGCAGUAAUGCUGAGCAUCAAUAGGUUCAUCACUUCCUGAUUGGAUACACUUGAUCAGGACAGAGUGAUAAAUCAAAAUAAUUAAGCUGUGUUUGAAGCAGCAUUGAGAGGGCCUCCUUUGAACCCAGGCUCUAGUGGAUAUUUGUGUGUAGAGCAUAAUAUAGUCAUUGUCUCAACCCUGACCCUUUCACUUCCUGGUUCAGAUCGCCGGGCUGCAGGGGAUUUUCAUACAUAACUAUCAACACAGACACAAUAAGGAGGUGAUUAGAGAAAGCAGUGUUUUUAAACUGAGCAGAGAACUGCAAACUUUGCAAAGUGUAGUGCACUUGGGUUGUAUGUUGCAAAAAAAAAGGAUCUGAUAUGAAUAUGGUCUCUGACUCUGUUUGCUUACAUAAACAGAACAAAAACAAGAUGAGGGAGAGGUGAUAAGUGAUAAGUCAGCAGCUUUCUCCUCACUCCAGAGGAGGUCUUGGAACAUGUGAGUUGUCUAUCUAAACUAGGUCUUGGGCGUCGCUCCGUAAUGACACACAGGAUGUUAGCGUAAGGUUUGAUUGUGCUGAACUGUCCACCACAAUUAUGAGCCAAGUGUUUGUGGGAGCUGGUGACGAUGACGAGGAAAGCUGGUAGUGAAGGAGAGCAGAAAAGCUCUGCAGGUAUUUCUCAUGAAUUGCACUGUAAUUUAUUAGUAUUAUUUUUAUUGUUCAUUAGUAGAUCAAAAAUUAGAAAAAGGGAAGGGAGAAUUUUGGAAUUUUUAUGACUUUCUUGGAAGAAUCGGUAACUAAAACUCUUGUUAAGUCAAAGUGCAUUUUAAUGAUGUGUGAUUAAGGACCAUUGAUAUGUGCUGUAAUUCAUACAAAUUGACCCUUUUUUUGUCAAACUGAAUCUGACCCUUUGGAUAAAGACGAAUCCUUGCUCUUUUGUUAUGCGAUUUUAAUACCAUUCAGCCAAUGUUAUCAUUUCACUUUUUUCCCUUAAAAUAAAACAUGUCAGUAAACAA